AUGUUAAUCCCUCGUUCGAUUGGCGUUUUGAUGCGAGCCACUUCAAAAGUGCUCCUGUCUGUUCGGACAAGUUCUACAAAAAAGCCAUCAAAGUUCAAUGAUCUCAACUCAUUCUGCUCUGGAAAAUCGGAAAUUGAGGUUGGCGACUAUCUCGACGCAACUCAUCGACAUUCGAUUCAGCACAAUAUGCUCGUCACGUCACGCAUUCUACUCGCCGCCGGUGUUGUCGCGAGACGAUCGACGACGGCGUCUCGUCGCACGCUGUUCUGGACGCGCAAAAUCGCGCCGAGAUGCGAUCUCAACAAUCAGACGAUUGUUCUCGAGGACGGGUCUCGAAAGGCCGCUUGGCUUGGCGAUCGCGAUAUCAUGAGGACCAGCGACGAUGGCAUUCUUACAGUCUACUCGGCGUAUCGAAAUGGGAUGAAACUCGGCGCGAAAGAUAUGCUGGGGUUACGGCGCGGCGAGACUCUCGACUGGAAAUUCAUAAGCUAUGAACGCGCGUUCGAGUUGGCCGAUCAAAUCGGCAAAUCGCUGCGGAUUCUCGGCAUUCCGACCGGCGACGAGACGCGCAUCGGCAUUUACUCGAAGAAUCGACCCGAAUGGGUGAUGAGCGAGAUCGCGAUUCACAAUUACAGCAACGUCACAAUUCCGUUUUACGACACGAUAUCCGUCGAUGACAUGAUCUAUAUUGCGAAUCUCACCGAAAUUCCGGUGGUGUUCACCGAUUCGGAAGACAAGACGAGAAUGCUCCUUCAGAACAAAUCGAAAAUUCGCAACCUCAAACACAUCAUCCAAUUCAACGACGUCAGCGACGACGUGCGCUCGUUGGCGAAAAAUGAGAACGUCGACGUGUUUCAUUUCGACGAGUUUCGACGAUUGGGCAAACACGAGCAUUUGCCGCAUCUCGUGCCGACGCCCGAGACGAUCGCGACGAUCUCGUUCACGUCGGGCACCACCGGACGUCCGAAGGGCGUGAUUCUCACGCAUGGCAACAUGUGCGCCGUUUUGACGUCGUCGUUCGACUUCAAAUUCGACGUCGGGGAUUCCAAUCUCAGCUAUCUUCCAUUGGCGCACAUCUAUGAGAGAGGUUGCACACUGAUCACACUAACACGCGGCGGACGAAUCGGCUUCUUUCGCGGCGAGCCGCAACACAUUCUCGAAGACGUCCAAUCGCUGAAGCCGGCGAUGUUCGCCACCGUGCCGCGAGUCAUCGACAAAAUCUACAAGGCGAUCAUGUAUGAGUUGCGCUAUUCGCCAAUCAAGAAGCUCGUCUUGAAAUUGGCCGUCAAGUACAAAAAUCUGAAAUAUGCGAAGACCGGUGUGAUCGAUCGCGAUUCUUGGGUCGACAAGCUGAUUCUCGCGAAAAUCCAGGCGAUCCUUGGGCCGAAUCUGAAGAAUAUGGUUGUCGGCGCCGCGAAAUCCGAUCCGCACAAGAUGGAAUUUGUGCGCGGCGCGUUCGGCGUCAAUCUCUUCGAGGGUUUCGGUCAGACGGAGACGUCGGGAAUCGUUUCGAUUCAGAUUGCCGGCGACUCGACGCCGGGCGUCGUCGGCAUUCCGGCGGCGUGCAACGUCGUCAAACUACGCGACGUGCCCGAUCUCGGCUAUUACGCCGACAAAAACGGCGGCGAGAUGCUCGUCAAAGGCUACAACAUCACGCAGGGCUACUUCAAGAAUGAGGCGGCGACGCGCGAGGCGUUCACCGAUGACGGCUUCCUCAAGACGGGCGACAUUGCGCGAUGGACGCCGCAAGGCUCGCUGGAGAUUGUGGAUCGCGCGAAGAACGUGUUCAAAAUGGCGCAGGGCAAAUUCGUGGCUCCCGAGGACAUCGAAUCGACGUACACGGCGUCGCGAUUCGUUUCGCAAAUCUACGUUCACGGCGACAUCACGAAAGCGCAUCUGGUGGCGAUCGUUGUGCCGGAUCCGUUGCAUUUGAGGAAUUACGCGGAAACCAAAUAUCAGAUCAGCGAUCAGAGUUUUGAGGAGCUUUGCCGAAACGAGAAGAUUCGCGAAGACGUGCUUCGCCAUCUCGUCCGCAUCACCGAAUUCCAUCGGCGUCCGCGAUACGAAGGGGUGUACGGUGUGCAUUUGACGCCGAACGCGUUCACCGUCGAGAACGGUCUGACGACGCCGACGAUGAAGAACAAACGCGCGCGAAUCGCGAAGCACUUCGAGCGGGAGAUCGCGCGAAUGUACGACGAAAUCGAGGCGAACGAGAUGAGCAAAUAA